AUGAAAACUGGGGUCAUGAUGGUUCAAACUUCUAAUAAGAUUCUUUACUUAACCAAGUUUAUUGAGAAAAGACUAAACAAUCCAGCCAUUUUCAAAUUAAAAAGCGAUAAUGAGAACAUUACUCAUGAUUAAUUUGAUCACGAUGGUUCAAACUUUUAACAAGAUUUUUCAAUUAAACAGUUGAUCGAGAAAAAACUAAAAGAUAGAGCAAAUUUAAAAUUAAAAUUCCUAAGCAAUAAUAAGAAUAUUACUCAUGGUUAAUUUGAUCACUAUCGUUAAAACUUUAAAAAAAACUAUUCAAAUUAAUAACAAAGUAGUAAUUAUAAUAACAAUCAAACAUCUAUCUAAUUGAGAAUAACCUAAGAAAACUAAAAUUCAACAGUCACUGAUGAAAACUGGGGUCAUGAUGGUUCAAACUUCUAAUAAGAUUCUUUACUUAACCAAUUUAUUGAGAAAAGACUAAAAAAUGCAGCCAUUUUCAAAUUAAAAAGCGAUAAUGAGAACAUUACUCAUGAUUAAUUUGAUCACGAUGGUUCAAACUUUUAACAAGAUUCUUCAAUUAAACAGUUUAUUGAGAAAAAACUAAAAGAUAGAGCCAAUUUAAAAUUAAAAUUCCUAAGCGAUAAUAAGAAUAAUACUCAUGAUUAAUUUGAUCACAAUGGUUCAAACUUUAAACAAGAUUUUUAUAAAGUCAAUUUAUAAAAGCAAAAGAAUGAAAAUUAAACUAUCACAAAUGAUAAUUGGAAUCAUGAUGGUUAAAACUUUUAACACUAUUCUUUAGAUAAAUAAAAAAAUUAUUUUGAAAACCAUAAAAAAAAUAUUUUAACAAUUGCUUCUUAGCCAGAAGAUGGAAAGAAUUUGCCUUAUUUAUCUAAAGAAGUUACCAUUUACAAAAACAAAAUUUUCUCUUAAAUUAUAGAAUUAAGAAUAGCCUAAAACAUUUAUCAGGAAUAUACUAAAUUUAUUUACAAUUUGUAUAUAAAUAAUUAGUAACAUUCACAAAUCCAUGAAAUUGUUAUGAAUACCAAUUCAAUAUUAUCUUGUACUGCUUAGUCACAACCUCAAAAACAACAAGCAAUACAAAAAAAUAUUGAAAUAAUUAAUUCAGUUUUUGGUAUUUUGAACAUUCCACUAAAAUAUGAAUUCAACUUUUUGAUAGAUCAUUCUUAUGAAAUCAUUCCUUAAGAUUCAAAAUGUGAUAUCUCUUUCUUAACUUAGGUGAAAGUUUAGGUUGACUCUCAUGAAGGAUUGCAAAUUAUAGGUCAAAAUGAAAAUGGUUUCAGAGUAAAUGGUUUAUUAAUAAACGAAAUUUGCCUAUUUAAUUUCACUGUAGAUACAUAAUAGCUUUCGAUUUCUAGCGAAAUCAACAAAUAACAAGGAGAAAUCAGAUAUUCAGUAGGUUAGUAUUACAGAAAAUAAAUAUGUGAUCAAAAGUUUUCUUCUAUUCAAAUUCAAGAUGUCACGAAAUAACUAAGAAAAAGUUUACAAACUCCAUUUGAAACAAAAUGUCAUUUGUCUGAUAUGCAGGAUGAUGAAUAAAAUCAAACAACUUUUGUGAAUAAAGGACAAGAUGAAAGUGCAAUUAAUUUAACUAAAUAAAUUGAUUUUAUCAAAUUCAACUGA